UCUGCCUUGCGCAGGCGCUGAGAACGGGAUAAAUCAUAGAUGGCACUCUCAUCGUCGCCGGCGGCGUCGAAAGGCAUAGUGGUGACAGUGCCGGCUCUGGUUCUCUCUGCCUUGGCCGCCGCUAUUUUCCUCCUCUUCCUCUUGUCAACGCUCUCUUCUUGCUCUUGCCCUUCAGCUGCUGACACACCUAUUUCCAGUGGAAACGGUUUUCGUGAUGAUACCUCCGGGUCGGGUAGCGGCAAUAUUCCCUUUUCGACAACAAAGGAGGACGUAGAGUGGGUAAAAUAUCAGAUCCAAUUGAACGGGCUUCAUAUGCAUGACAAUGUGCUCCGCAAGGGCAUUAACCCUCGCACUAGGGCUCAGCAACUCGAGGAUCUUAGACAAUUUAAGGGCAUAUCACACUAUGAGGGACCUGAAUCAGAUAAUCACACUGCACUGCCUUGCCCGGGGGAACUCCUGGUUGAAGAGCACCACAGCAACUAUGGUGAGCCCUGGGCUGGUGGAAGAGAUGUGUUUGAAUUUCUUGCUCAGUCCUCUCAACUCAGACCAGACUCCCGUGUCUUAGAGAUUGGUUGUGGUACUCUUCGAGUUGGCUUGCAUUUUAUUCGGUUCUUAAAUCCAGAGCACUUUCAUUGCCUUGAAAGGGAUGAGCUCUCCCUUAUGGCUGCAUUGAGGUAUGAGCUUCCCUCCCAAGGCCUCUUGUUCAAACGCCCUUUGAUUGUGAAGGGAGAGGACAUGGAUUUCAGUAAGUUUGGCUCUGGAGUUAUGUAUGAUUUGAUAUAUGCUAGCGCCGUAUUUCUUCAUAUGCCUGAUAAGCUCGUUUGGGUUGGGCUGAAGAGGCUAGCCAGUAGAUUGAAACCUUAUGAAGGACGAAUCUUUAUAUCACAUAAUAUCAAGUUCUGUUCACGAUUGCGGGGAGAAGAAUGCACAGAGAGACUCGCGAGUUUGGGGCUUGAGUAUAUUGGGAAGCAUACUCAUGAUAGUUUGCUAUUUAAUCACUACGAGAUAUGGUUUGAAUUUAGGCGUUCGAAGGCUUAAUUGUAAUAGAAGCUCAAGAAAGUAGCUCCCAGUGGUCUCAGUGCACUUAUUGUGCCUUUGCUCUGAAUGCCUCUUUUCGCUGGGUAGUUGAAAAGUUUAUCGAGUCUUUUGAUCAUUGGCACAUCUAAUUGUGCAGGAGAAUUAACGUUUUUGCAAGCAUCUAGACAGAGAAGGAUCAUCGUGAUUUUUGACGAAGACUCCAAAGAAAGCAGGGAGAGUUGAGUUAUAAAUUGAGGUGACAUGCUGGAAAGGCUAGCGUUUUUUUUUUUUUUUUUUGGAAAUUUUUUUUUAAUUCUAUUUUGAGAUUGAUGUAAAAGAUGUAAUUUAGUUUUCAUUAUAUUUUGCAACCAGUAGUUGUUAGUUCUAAAUGGGGUAAUGUAGUGACAUUGAAUGAGUUAUAUCCUAGUUGUAACUUCUGAUUUUUCUCA